UUGAAGGGGGGUGAAUUUGGGAGUUCCACAUCGAUUGAAGAAGGAAACGAAUGCAAGCAAGGACACUAGGCCCCGAAGAGGGGUAAAUUGUGAAAUCGAGAUCUCACGUCGAAAGAAAAAAAUAGAAAUUCAAAUCCGUUCAUACUCAAUUUACACCUCUGUGGGCAGCUGCAGUUAUGAAGAGUAUAAAAUCACAGUUUAUGGCCAAAUAUUGGGAAUCACAACCAAAUUAUAUAUGCCAUAUAUGUUGCCUUCUCCAAAGACCAUGAAAGGCUGCAUUUUAAAUUUCCAUGGUGAUGCUAUAAAAGCCUAAAUCCUUCUUCAACUUCAAAAGCGUGGCUUCCAUCUCCUCGAUAUUCUCCUUCAUACUACUGCUGCUCUUACUGGUUUGAAUGCGCCACAAAGAUCUUCCUCCGCUAUGUCAGGUAACUAGAUUCCAAGCUCUGAGGUGCUGACAGCGGCUAGCUGAAGAACCGGCGACAGGGUAUUGAACAUUUUAGUUUUCUGCAUAAAAUUACUCAUUUACCGUGCCUUCGUCGAAUCUGGGAUGCUCUCUCUUGCCGGCGGCGCUGCAUUUCUCAGGGCUACGAACAGAUUUCCGGCCAUCCGCCGCGGGUUUUUUUGUUCCUCAUCCGAUGAGUAUAUUAAGCUCAUCGAGACGUAUGGACGCGAUCGAGAACUGAACUUCGGGAGGUUACUUCACGCUCGAUUGAUCAUCAACGGACUAGCUCGUUUGACACAUUUUGCUGCGAAGCUCAUAGCCUUCUACGCUGCGUGUGGAAAAAUCAACGAUGCACGGGAAGUGUUCGACAAAAUUCCCCAAACAAAUCCCCGCCGGUGGAUUGUCUUGAUUGGGGCCUAUUCUCGUUAUGGGUUUUACACAGAAGCUCUGAGUGUAUUUUGUGAGCUGCAGAGACAAGGCUCCAGGCCUAGCGAGUACAUCAUUCCCAGUGUCUUGAAAGCAUGUGGUCACCUCUCCGACAUCCUCACAGGGAGAAAAUUGCAUGCGUUAAUCCUCAAAUACUCAUUUGAAUCCGAUGCUUAUGUCUGCAGUGCGUUGAUAGAUAUGUAUGCAAAAAGUGGACAGGUUGAGAAGGCUCGGCGAGUGUUUGAAUCAAUGGCUGGGAAGGAUUUGGUGGCAUUGAACGCCAUGGUUUCUGGCUAUGCCCACCAUGGACUGGCAGAGGAAGCUCUGAAUCUGGUGGAGAAGAUGCAAGUAUUGGGUGUAAAACCCAAUUUGGUGACUUGGAACACUUUGGUUACAGGCUUUUCUCAGAUGGAUGAGGAAGAAAUGGUUCAUGAGAUUUUCAAAGAGAUGGAAGCCAAUGGGAUAGAACCAGAUGUAGUGUCUUGGACAUCUGUGAUAUCUGGGUUUGUACAGAACUUCAGAAAUGAGGAAGCUUUUGGAACAUUUAGAAGGAUGUUGAAUGCUGGGCUAUGCCCAACUUCUGCUACAAUCAGUAGCCUUUUGCCUGCUUGUGCAUCGGCGGGGAAUGGGCGACGUGGGAAGGAGAUUCAUGGAUAUGCUCUGGUUCUUGGAGUUGAAAAGGAUGUCUAUGUGAGGACUGCCCUGGUUGAUAUGUAUGCAAAAUGUGGCUAUUUUUAUGAAGCAGGGAUGCUAUUUUGGAGGAUGUCUGAAAGGAAUUCAGCUACUUGGAACUCCAUGAUUUUUGGGUAUGCAAAUCAUGGAUAUUGCAGUGAAGCAAUAGAGCUUUUCCAUCAGAUGAAGGAUAAUGAUGAGAAGAAACUUGAUCAUCUGACAUUUACAGCAGUUCUCACUGCUUGCGCCCAUGCUGGGAUGGUUGAUCUAGGGAAGAGUUUGUUCCAAUUGAUGCAAACUAAACAUGGUAUUGUUCCUAGAGUAGAGCACUAUGCCUGUAUGGUCGACGUAUUCGGUCGGGCGGGGAAGCUGGCGGAGGCUUACGAUAUUAUCAAGACGAUGCCGGUUGAGCCAGAUUUAUAUGUAUGGGGAGCUUUAUUAGGUGCAUGUAGGAAGCAUGGAGAAAUUGAACUAGCUGAGGAAGCAGCCAAACAUUUAGCAAAGUUGGAACCUGGGAGUGUUGGGAACAGCUUACUAUUGUCUGAUCUGUAUGCUAAUGCAGGCAGUUGGGGACAUGUUGUGAAGCUGAAGAGUAUGAUGAAGAAGAGGAAGCUCAAGAAAUUUCCUGGGUGCAGUUGGAUAGCCACAGCUUAGGAAAACCUUUCUAAAGGACA